AUGGGCACGCUCAUCGAUCGCUUCGAAGAGCACGACGGCCCUGUUCGCGGCAUCGACUUCCACAAGACACAACCACUGUUCGUCUCGGGUGGUGAUGACUACAAGAUCAAGGUCUGGUCAUACCAGACCCGGCGAUGCUUGUUCACACUGAACGGCCAUUUGGACUAUGUCCGAACCGUGUUCUUCCACCAUGAGUUGCCGUGGAUAGUCAGCAGUUCUGACGACCAGACAAUCCGUAUCUGGAACUGGCAGAACCGAUCGCUGAUAUGCACAAUGACCGGCCACAACCACUACACCAUGUGCGCCCAAUUCCACCCCAAGGAGGAUCUCAUUGUUUCUGCCUCGCUCGAUCAGUCAGUGCGUGUCUGGGAUAUUUCUGGGCUGAGAAAGAAGCACUCUGCGCCUACAUCCAUGUCAUUUGAGGACCAGAUGGCGCGCUCGAAUCAGAACCAGGCCGACAUGUUCGGUAACACAGAUGCCGUCGUUAAGUUCGUUCUCGAGGGCCACGACAGGGGUGUGAACUGGGUUGCGUUCCACCCUACACUACCGCUCAUCGUUUCCGCAGGUGACGAUCGCCUGGUGAAGUUGUGGAGGAUGUCAGAAACCAAGGCAUGGGAAGUAGACACAUGCCGAGGACAUUUUCAGAACGCAUCGGCGUGUCUGUUCCACCCACACCAGGACCUGAUUCUAUCUGUUGGCGAAGACAAGACGAUUCGAGUGUGGGACCUUAACAGGCGCACAUCGGUCCAGUCUUUCAAGAGGGAAAACGAUCGUUUCUGGGUUAUUGCAGCGCAUCCGGAAAUCAACCUGUUCGCUGCUGGCCACGAUAACGGUGUGAUGGUUUUCAAGCUGGAGCGCGAGCGUCCAGCAUCCGCUGUUUAUCAGAACAACUUGUUCUAUAUCACCAAGGAGAAGCACGUCCGGUCGUACGACUUCCAAAAGAACCUCGAGUCUCCAUCAAUGCUUUCAUUGAAGAAGCUGGGAAGCGCAUGGGUGCCUCCAAGGACGAUAUCCUACAACCCCGCUGAGCGUUCGAUUCUUGUCACCUCACCAGCUGAGAGCGGCACAUAUGAGUUGAUCAGCCUACCACGUGAUGCUUCCGGUGCUGUUGAGCCAACCGACACGAAGCGCGGUUCUGGUAACUCUGCUGUCUUCGUUGCAAGGAACCGCUUUGCUGUUUUCACCCAGGCAAACCAGCAGAUUGACAUCAAGGACCUCAGCAACUCUACGACCAAGACGAUCAAGCCCCCUCACGGCACAACAGACAUUUACUUCGGCGGCACUGGAAACUUGCUUUUGAUCACCCCCACCAAUGUCGUUCUCUAUGAUAUUCAGGCCAAGAAGAACCUUGCGGAGCUCGCAGUCAAUGGUGUCAAGUACGUCGUUUGGUCAACAGAUGGAUUACACGUAGCUUUGUUGAGCAAGCACAACGUCACCAUUGCCACAAAGAACCUCGAGCAGGUCAGCACUCUGCACGAGACUAUUCGUAUCAAGAGCGCAACAUGGGACGACACUGGAGUUCUUCUCUAUUCUACCCUGAACCACAUCAAGUAUAGCUUGAUGAACGGUGACAACGGUAUUGUUCGUACCCUGGAACACACCGUCUACCUGGUCAGGGUGAAGGGCCGCAACGUAUACUGUCUUGACCGUGCAGCCAAGCCAAAGAUUCUUCAAAUCGACCCAACUGAGUACCGCUUCAAGCUUGCUCUCGUCAAGCGUAACUAUGACGAAAUGCUCAACAUCAUUAAGACUUCCAGUUUGGUCGGUCAGAGCAUCAUUUCAUAUCUGCAGAAGAAGGGUUACCCCGAGAUCGCCCUUCAAUUCGUCCAGGACCCACAGACUCGUUUUGAGCUUGCGAUUGAGUGUGGAAACCUCGAGGUAGCGGUCGAGAUGGCGAAACAACUGGACCGACCCAAGCUCUGGCAACGGUUGAGCACUGAGGCUCUUGCUCACGGCAAUCACACAAUAGUGGAGUCCACUUACCAGAAGCUCCGCAAUUUUGACAAGCUUUCCUUCCUAUACCUUGCGACCGGCGACCAAGAUAAACUCAAGCGUAUGGCCAAGAUUGCCGAACACCGAGGCGACAUGACUGCGCGAUUCCAGAACGCUCUCUACCUUGGUGAUGUACAGAACCGGAUAGAGAUGUUCCAGGAGAUUGACUUGUACCCGUUAGCCUACGCUACCGCCAAAGCAAAUGGCCUUGACGAGCAAGCUCAGUCAAUACUUGAAGCUGCCGGCGUAACAGAAGAUCAGAUCAAGCUUCCAACAGUGGGAGGCACCUUGGCUCCUGCCAAACCUAUUGUUCCAACAUACAAGACCAACUGGCCGACACGUGCAGCAUCAUCGACAGUAUUUGAAAAGGCGCUCAUGGGCGAGGUAGAUGGUGUUGGCUCUGAAGAGCCGGCAGCGAACGGCUACGGCGACGAAGAUCUCUUGGGCGACGCAGAGGCACCGAGUGCGUCAGCCGAACUUGGUGGUGAUGAUGCGGAGGAUGACAUUGGCGGAUGGGACAUGGGUGACGAUGGAGACGUUGAGGCAGAAGAUGACUUUGUUGAGGUUGAGGGUGCUGAAGCUGGUGCCGGCAGCAGCGAAGCAGAUCUCUGGGCACGCAACUCGCCAUUAGCAGCAGAUCACAUCGCAGCGGGAUCUUUCGAAACUGCCAUGCAACUUCUCAACCGACAGGUCGGCGCCGUCAACUUUGCUCCGCUCGAAGAACGCUUCCAGGAAAUUUACCAGGCCACGCGAACGUUCCUCCCAGCUACACCCAACAUGCCGUCUCUAGUCAACUACGUGCGGCGGACGGUUGAUGAGACAGACUCACGCAAGAUCCUACCUAUUAUUCCUCGUGAACUGGAGUCUAUCCUCUCUACUGAUUUAACGGCGGGAAAGCAAGGACUUUUGAAGAACAAGUUGGAGGAAGGCGUUGUCUCUUUCAAGAAGCUUUUGCAUCUUCUCAUUGUCAACGUCGUUGCAUCACAAGCAGAAUUGACAGAGGCAAGGAAAGCCAUAAACACCUCAGCGCAAUACAUCAUCGCCAUGUCCAUUGAACUCGAGCGCCGUGCUCUCCUCCAAGGCGCCACUGACAUCUCUGCACUCUCUGACGACGACAAGAAGCGCGCCCUCGAACUCUCUGCCUACUUCACCAUCCCCGAACUCGAGGGCCCACACCGCUCUAUUCCUCUUUCGGCCGCCAUGAACUUCGCACACAAGAACAAGCAGCUCAACACUGCGCUGAACUUUGCCAACGCCCUGCUCGACCGCACGGGCAACGCAAAAAUGAAGGAGAGCGCCAAGCGCAUCAAGACCAUCGCUGAGCGCAACCCCGCGGAUGCCAUUGAAAUUGACUUUGAUCAGUUCGCCGACUUUGAGAUUUGCGCGGCGAGCCACACACCCAUUUAUGGAGGCAGUCCGAGCGCGGCUUGUCCGUACGAUGGCGCGAAAUACCACGCCAAGUACAAGGGCACUGUGUGCAAGGUGUGUGAGGUUUGCCAGAUUGGUGCGCCAGCUAGUGGACUGAGGUUGGUUGGAUGAGCGGUUGGUGGUAUGUGAUGUGCUUUAUGACUUAGCGUAGCAUGCAAUGGAUGAUUAGAUGUGGAGGUGGAAAAAGGGCUAGCUGAGGGAAGGGGACAUUAGGUGUGUUCGUUGAGAAUUAGAAAAUGCUAUACG